AUGCCACCCAACAAAUACCAUUCUCCAACCAAUGAAGAGGACACAGUUGCUCUCGUGUCGCACUCGAGGAAGCAUGGUGUGAACCUGCAAGCGGUGAAGGAGGUGACCAGUGGUUCUGUUUCGACCCGCGAAGUACAUCUCCUCACUGCCAAUGUCACCUCAUGGAGACGAGAAGUGGCUACUUGGUUGUUUGAACAGGCAGCCAAGACAGGCUACCAGCUAUUUGCCGGGCAAGGUCAAGGGACUGGUGCUUUGGAGGAUUUGGCAUCCUGGUCAAAAGUCAUCUUGCGGCAGGGCAACAGGGUGACCACUGCACUGGGAGAUGUCGAGAUCAUAGCCGCGGACAAUUCCACUGGCAGGGCGGCCCUCCGAUUGCUCCAACAGGAAGGAGACGGGGAAGGCACAGCCCCGAACCCGGCGGCUGAUGCGGCCCCGGUCCCUCCUAGCACAACGGGGCCGUCCAUCUCCUCCCUGGCGCCAGGUGCAACCACGCCCGAUGAGGAACCCACAGCGACGCUCACGCCGGAGCAGAUCCAGCGUAUUCAUACCAACAGGGCGGCUGCUCUUGCCACUCGUGCGGAGCGCCAAUCCCAACGGAUGUUGUCCAUGACAAGCCCGGGAGUGGUCCUAUCCAAGACAAGCCCUCCCGUGGCCCUGGGCAACCUCUUCCUCGCGCCUGAGACUGAUGUGCACAAGGAGUGCAUCUGUUGCAGGCAACGGCUACUACCCCUGGAACAAAUGGUCCGUUUGGUGUGUCUCCACGAGGUGCAUGCUCAGUGUUUCUACACAUGGCAGGAGGCAGAAGAAUCCCGCGAAACAGGACGUGUUCGGUGCCCAGAAUGCAACAUAGUGCUCCACCAUACCGGUGCAGGGAGUGAAGACACGCCAGUGAGCCGCUAG